AUGUUUUUCCUUCCUUCGGCUUCAAACUUUAUUCUCGCACUGUACAUUUUACAAGCUGCGGCGGUUCCUCAUCUCAUACCUGCUGCAAUGCGUCGGGCGGAUGUCUCAGUUGUCACCCAGAUGUCGUCUAUCCAGCUGGCUGAUCUGGCGCCAUAUACUGAAUUUGCUCGUGCUGCUUACUGUUCCCCUACUAUCGUAGCUGACUGGCAGUGUGGUCAAGCUUGCGAAGCAGUGCCUGGGUUCGAGGUUUCUCUCACAGGGGGUGACGACGACAAUAUCCAAUAUUACUAUGUUGGUUACUGGCCGACAGAAAAUACCGUGGUAGUUGCUCAUGAAGGUACAGAUCCAACACAACUCCUAUCUGAUCUCACCGAUGCCGAUGUAUUGAUGGAAUGCCUGGACCCCACGCUUUUCCCCGGUGUUGAUGACAGCGUAGAGGUUCACAGUGGGUUUGCCGACGAGCACGCGCUAACCGCGAGCAUCAUCUUGAAUGAGGUGAAGAGCCUCAUCUCUCAGUAUAAUGCCAACAGUGUCACGCUGGUCGGACACUCUCUUGGAGCCGCCCUUGCGGAACUUGAUUGUGUGUUCAUGGCCUUGAACCUUCCAUCUAGCAUCGCUAUCAAAGGUGUGACAUAUGGUACACCCCGCGUAGGGAAUCCAGCAUGGGCCGCUCUCUUCGAUUCCCUGGUAUCAGACUUCCAACGCAUUAACAAUGAGAAGGACAUCAUUCCGAUUGUCCCGGGGCGCUUGAUGGGCUUCUCACAUGUCCAGGGAGAGGUCCACAUUGUAUCUGAUGGGUAUGCAGUCCAGUGCCCAGGUAACGACGAUGCCACGGAUGCUCUCUGCACAAUACAAAGUGUGCCCGACGUCCUUGCGGGCGAUAUCUUGAACCACUUGGGUCCAUACCAGGGGAUUUAUAUCGGCACGAUUUUUUGCACAUGA